CUUAUUAAACAAAACUCUCCAACUUAUGCACCUUAGUUUUACACCAUUCACCACUACCAUCACAACAACAUGGCCACUGCAGCAGGCAUGGCCUCAUUGUUUUCAUCUUCCAUCAACACUGUCAAAUGUCUACGUUCCAAAAACUCCUCAUUAGAUACAUCUUCAAACCGCAUGUUUGUAUCUUUGAUCUCACAAUCCUCAGUGGAACCUUUGUCCAUUGGUACAACUGUUUCACACAAGCUAUGGUUUCCUAGAAUUUCUGUUGCUGUUGCACAGGAAGAGGCUGUUGUGGCUGUUGAGGAUGAAGAGAAAGUUGUAGUGGAAGAGGAAGAAAAAGAAGAAGAAGAAGUAGUAGAAGAGAAGGAGAAUAUUGGAGGGGAAACUGUAGCUGAAGUAGACACUAGGACUAAGCUUUAUUUUGGUAAUUUGCCUUAUAGUGUUGAUAGUGCACUACUUGCAGGGCUAAUUGAGGAGUAUGGUAGUGCAGAAUUGAUUGAGGUUCUUUAUGACAGAGACACCGGAAAAAGUAGAGGCUUUGCAUUUGUGACAAUGAGUUGUGUUGAAGAUUGUAACGCAGUAAUUCAAAAUCUUGACGGGAAAGAGUUCAUGGGGCGAACCUUGCGGGUGAAUUUCUCUGACAAACCUAAACCAAAAGAACCAUUGUAUCCUGAAACUGAGUACAAGCUUUUUGUUGGGAACUUGGCUUGGACAGUAACUUCUGAGAGUCUUACACAAGCCUUUCAAGAACAUGGAACUGUUGUUGGAGCUAGGGUGUUAUUUGAUGGCGAAACCGGAAAGUCUCGUGGCUAUGGCUUUGUUUCCUAUGCCACUAAAUCAGAAAUGGAUACCGCCCUUGCAAUCAUGGAUAAUGUGGAACUAGAAGGACGAACAUUGCGCGUAAGCUUGGCUCAAGGAAAACGUUCAUAAGGCCGAUAGAAACUCGAAAAAAGCUCAUAGAUGUUCAACAAUGGUGCCAAAGAAAUGAGAAGGGGAUGGCCAUGUACCCCAUGAUGCACUUGCUUCACCUUGUGGUGUAUUAAUUAUUUCCUCCCAUUUUCAUAAGAUACACUGACCCAAAUGAUAUUUUGUUGCAUUAAAAUUUUAGCUAGUGCUAACAUUGGCUAUGUUAUAUUGCUUCUUUCAUUCUUGUCUCAAUGAAAAUCAUACAUUGAAUUGCAUAUUCUACUCUAUGCAACAUUUGCUAUGAA